AAAGAAGUGAAUUCCCAUGAUCCACAUAGUCAGUACAAAUUAAGAGCUUAACUCACAUGAGACUAAUAACAUUUACAUGAUUACAGCUCCCUUCCUUUAUUCAUUCCCUUUCUCUUCUUCCUUUUCUCUCUUAUUUUUUUGAUCAGAUAUUCAUUUUUCCCAGAAAGCCCACAGAAAUCCUCUCUUUUCUCCAUCUUUGUUUUUCCCACAAACUGUGUUUGAAUAAGUUAGCUCUCUUGUGCUAUAAAGGUCAGCUUGCUGUCCUGCUCAUUCCUCAUUCAUAAUGAGCUGUGAAAUGGACAGAUAUUAAUAGACCCAUAUGUUUGUGUGAGUGUGUGUGUAUGUGCGUGCAUGCGUGUGUGCAUGUUUGUGUGUGUGUAUGUGUGUGUGUGUGUGUGAGUGUGCAUGCGUGCGUAUUUGGGUGUGUAUGUGCGUGUGCAUGCAUGUGUGUUUGUGUGUGUGUGUUAGACAUAAGAACAGAGCAGGUGUUGAUGUGUGGUCUUUUGUUGAUGUAUUCAGCAGUGUAUGAAUAGACCUUGCUGACAAAUUCUCUCUCUGAAAGUAGCGUGUGGUGAUGACACGAGGCUCAGAUGUGGGAGCUUGGUGACAUUAUACAGAAUGACUGCAUUCAAACCAACAACGCUCUGCCUACCUGACGUAUGCAAACAUAAAUGAACAAGUCAGAGUUCUUUCAUAACUGUCUAAGACACAUCAGGAGAUGUGAUGACUUGCACAUUAGCUCUACUGCAUGAAUAGUAGAGCCGCACCACAGAUGGAGACAUAAACUAGGCUUAUCAGUGGUUGAAUUGGUGCUACAAACACAAAUGUACAGAUCUUCCUAUGAUGUUGCAUGAUGAAGUUUGUUGAAAAGUAAGAAUAUUGUGAGAGCAAAAGAUUCUGGCAUCCUCAUGCAAAUGCUUUAUUUUGAUUUAGCAGUGCCAUCAAUGUUGUUUAACAGCUUGCUCAAAUCAUGCACUUUUACUACCUGAUGUGAUUUCUAAGCUGUUAAAUCAAAAGAAAAUUAGUUAUCAUCUAGAUGGUCAGACAAUUGAGUCAAAACAACUUUCUCAAGAACCUUAGAAAGCAAUUGCAGUGUAGAAAUAGGUCGAUAAUUGGAUAAUACCGAGACAUCAAGACCAGGUUUCUUGAGAAGGGGGUUGAUUACAGCCCAAUAAGAGUCAGAAUUUUCGAUAAUGAUACAUUUUCGAUUUAUUGCCCAGCCCUAGCUCAGAGUGAUCAAUCAUAUUUAGAAAUAACAAGAAAAAAACUGUUUCUCUGUGAAUUUGGCCUUUAAAUUGAUUUUCAAUUAAUUUUCUUUCAGAGGUUAAUUAUUUAACCUCCAGCUUAGAGUGCUGGAGGACAUACUGAUCACUUUCCACACUCUAUACUUUCUUCUACAGUUUGCACUUUAACUGCAUUAUUUCCUGCUCUUUCAGCUGUUAAUUUAAAAUUUUCUCUGUUUUUCUUCCUAAAAGAAGCUGCAAUGAUGUUCUGCUGAGCUAUAGCCUCAUGGAGGGGGGUCAUCGGCUUGAACACUGUUGCUAACCGCUUAAACAUUCUCCCUCACCUGAUAAUAACAUUUUACUUUCUUUGACAUGAAUGUGCUACUACUAGUUUACCCAUUUACUUAUAUAUUCACUAGGAUAAAUACAAUAAAGUUUAUCUCUCACUAAAUAGAAUAUUUACUAAGAAAUCACAAUGUAACCAUAGAAACACUACUUGGUAUAUAUGUUGUGAAGAUGUGUGUGUGUGUCUGCUCUGUCUUGUCGAUCCCCAGUGAGUCGUGGAGGAUGGCUGCUUAUACUGAGCCAGAAUCCUCUGGAGGUUUCUUCCUGUUAAAAGGGAGUUUUCCUCUCCACUGUGGCUAAAUGCUUGCUUGGUAUGAGGAUUGUUGUAAAGUCACUGACACUAGUCAGUGAUUUGAUGCAAUUUGCUGGGUUCCUUAUAUAGGAAACUUUUUUCUGAUUGGCUUAAUGAACUGACCUGUAUUGGAAUGUUUAUUAUGUGAAGUGCCUUGAGAUGACGCUUGUCGUGAUUUGGUGCUAUAUAAAUAAACUUGAAUUCAAUUGAAUAGAAAUGUAGUCAUUAACAUCAGUUGUGAAUUUUGGCCAAAUUUAGCCAAAAGCAACCUGACAACUUUAUUCUGUUGAACCUUUAAACAUGCAUAAUCCAGUGCAGGCUGUCAGUGCAACUAUAAAUGACCUACCUAAAGUACCUUUCUGAGUCAGAGGACUCCAAAGUGUUUUAUAACUUGAUUCAUUCACACUCACAUUCACAUGCCAAUGGUGAUGAGCUAUUGGAGCCACAGCUGCCCUGGGGCACACUGGCAGAGGCGAGGCUGCCGAACACAGGCGCUCAGACCCGCUGACCACCACCAGCAGGCAUGAGGGGCAAAGCGUCUUUACCAAGGACAUAACUGCCAGAGCCUGGGUUAAACCCUGCAACCCUCUGAUUACAGGACAAACUCAUAACCCCUGAACCACCGUCACCCCAAACCACAUUACAAGAUUAACAUCAGUAAAACAAAACUCAGCUUAUGUUUAUCAGAGGUAAAAUCACUUUAAAGAGUAACUAAACCCCAAAAUAACUUCUUUUUUUUGCUAAUUAACUGUAUAAUUGGGUCUUUACAAAUUUAGUCUUUCUGUUUCUGUGCAUUUUUUGACAUGUUUGUGUAAACUUGAUUAAAUCUGGAAUCUAGGUCUAAAAACGUCUUAGUGCUGCCCCCUGUGGCAGAACUGUGGCUACUGCAUUUUAAACUUGCGAUUGACUGGGGCUGGAACAAUUUCACAUCAUUGAUUCGGUACAGUCUCUUCCCAUUCCCCCUCCCUCCCAGGAUGGAAAUUCCCCACACUUGGCCAUGCCACUCUGUGCCUCCUGGCAACGCCCACUUUAAUGGCAGUUUUCAAAUCUUGACUAGAUGUGGAGUGACAUUUUCUGAUGGCGUGCAGUCCCUCUUUAAAGGUAGUUUUCAUGCAAACUUCCACCUUGAUCCACGUGACAAGGAGCCAGUCUGGGCUAAAGAUAGCUGGCUCUCGUGGUAUAAUGGGUAAAAACUUCUGCACCUUUCCUUACUCCUCUGCUUAUAAAUAUAAAACACAGAGCUACAGAUCAGAGCUUGUUUUGUCUCUGUUUUAUCCUCCAUAUUUUAUCCACUAAAGCAUGGAGAAAGUCUCAUGAGAUAGAGUACAAAAAGUUCAGUCAGUUGUUGCCUCAAGAGUCUUAAAAGUCCUGCUUUAGAGGAAGGAAAGAGAGAUCAGCUGAGAGACUCUAGAGCACAGUCGUCCCCACCGUGUGCCAUUGGGCUAGCCUAGUGAACUAGACCAAAUUCUUGCUUUGCAAAGUUUGGUCUAGGAAUGCUCCAUUGGAACCUUUGCAGCUCCUAGCAGCAUUCUGGCUGGCCAAUCACAUCUCCCUAGAGGGGUUUCAAACACAGCAGUGAUUGGUCCAUAAUGGUGGGCCACACAUAGCGCUUUAUCUUCUUUGUGAACCAAUCACAGCGCUAUAACCGCUUGUGGGCCAAUCAGGGCCCUCUAUUCGUCUGGUGGGCAGGAAGAUGCAACAGAGUGGAACAAGAUGGCGACAGCUUGUUUGAAAUGACUUUUACAUCAAUUUUUGACUAUAUGGACUUGGGCUUUAUUAGAUGUUUUUAGGUUCCUUUUUUAGUAAAAAGGAUGUAUUUUUGCCUUCAACACCGUUUACCGACAUCCGUUAGAGUGAGUAUGUCACGUUGUUCAUUGUCCACUAGCAUGCAAGAUUGUUUGAAAGACAAUGAUAGAACCCGCCCCACAACUGAGAGCCAUCAAUGGAGCGUUGCGAUUUAUUACUACUAUUUAUUUAGUCUCGUUUGCCAGGCUACCAUUGGGCCACAUUUGAACACAAUGUUUGAACACAUGGUCGGUUGACAGCCUCUCAAGAGGAGACCUGAUUGCUCACAAAUGCACUUAUUUGGUUGUUUGUGUUGCAAAAAGGCCUCAGCACCAUGUAUGUUUUCAGUUCUAUUUUUCUCUCAAGUUAAUUUUCUCUGUGUUUACCAUGUUUGAUCUCAUUAUUAACACAACAUUUUGAACAUCAUAGCGCACAGAAGUGGUGUGAACAUGCCCUCAAUUACUGGACCCAAACAAAGACCCAAAGAUUCUUGUUUUGUGCACAACACCAGAGCUUCUGAGUCAGAGAUACUCCGGGCUGACCGCUGGGUAAAACCAGGUGGAACACAGAGGUCUCCCGAAAGCUGCUGAAAGCCGUCAGCCUGCGCAGCAGACAGAAGCCGCGAUCAGACAGAGAUGCGCCGAGCUGCGGGGAGGGGAGAACCACAAGCCGGCUGGCAGCCCGCGCAGCAGACAGAAGCCGCGAUCAGACAGAGGUGCGCCGAGCUGCGGGGAGGGGAGAAACGGGUGGAAAACAUCGGUCUCCCGAGAGCUCCACAAGCCGAUAGUCGGAACCCAGCUCCACCAACAUUUUAUAUUUCAACCCAUUUUCUAAAGUGCAGCAUUAUGUUAAAUGUACUGGGUUUUACCCUAUUACAUUUAAAUUUCAUGGUUAAACAGUACAUGUUAAAAUCUAAGCUCAGCUCGGCAGUGACCUAAAAUAUAUAAAUACAAUUUUACUUACCGAAAAAAAUGAAGUGGAGACUCCUUGGAUGCUCUAUUAGUGCAAUUAAUGCCACAACAAGUCAUUUUUUCCAACAAUUGCACAAAUAAUAUCCAAAACAGAAUACACAAACACAGAGACUCAAAAUCCCGGAACAGUUUCCAGGCCAGACCGAGGCUCUACUGAGACCUUUCGACGGAGCUAGCUCUGUGGUCACGUGGGUCUUAGGCGGCGGUCACGUGGGUCUGAUGCUCAUUAAUUAUACAGAAUUUUAGGCUUUUAAUACACUUAAACAGAAGAGUGAGAAAAAAAUUCACCCCCCUCAGAGUUGUCAUGAGUGUAAACUAGAUCAUUUAAACCAAAAACAUGUUUUGGUACCAGGCUGUAAACAUGUUUAUUUCUGCUGUGAAAUUGGUAUUUUUAACAUGGGAGUCAAUGAGGAUUUGCUCGCUUCUGACACCAGCCCCCAGCGGAUGGAACUGCAAUUUUUGGUACUUCUGGGUUGGCCUCAAUUUUUGAGCAGCAUUGUGGGGGCUUGGGUGGGACGGGUCCUGACUGUUGUCUGUGCUUAUGCAUCAAACUACCAUUCAAACUACCCACUCUUUUUGAAGUCCUUGGAGGAGGUGCUGGAAAGCGCUCCUUCCUCUAACUCCCUCGUUCUGCUGGGGGACUUUAAUGCUCACAUGGGCAACGACAGUGAGACCUGGAGAGGUGUGGGUGGGAGGAACGGCCCCCUGAUUUGAAUUCAAGCAGUGUUGUGUUAUUGGACUUCUGUGCUCAUUAUGGAUUGUCCACAGUGAACACCAUGUUCAGACAUAAAGGUGUCCAUAUGUGCUCUUGGCACCAGGAUACUUUGGCCGCAGAUCAAUGAUCAACUUUGUUUCAUCUGAUCUGCGGUCACAUGUCUUGGACACUUGGUUGAAGAGAGGGGCGGAGCUGUCAACUGACCAUUACCUAGUGGUGAGUGGUGGGGGAAGAUGCCGGUCAGACCUGGCAGGCCCAAAUGUAUGGUGAGGGUCUGCUGGGAACCUCUGGCAGAGUCUUCUGCCAGAAGAAGUUUCAAUUCACACCUCUGACAGAACUUCCAAAAUGUUCUGGAGUGGCGGGGUACAUUGAGUCCAAGUGGGCCAUGUUCCAUGCUUCCAUUGUUGAAGGUGAGAGUUGGACUCUGUCAAGGCUGCCCUUUGUCAUCAAUUUUGUUCAUAACUUUUAUGGACAGGAUUUCUAGGUGCAGUCAAUGUGUUGACGGGAUCCAUUUUGGUGGCCUAAGGAUUGAGUCUCUGCAUUUUGCAGAUGAUGUGGUCCUGUUGGCUUCAAAAGAACAUGAUAUCUGGCUCUCUCUGGAGCAGUUCACAGCUGAGUGUGAAGCAGGAUGAGAAUCAGCCAGGGAAUCCCUUAGGAUUUCUCUGGAGGAGUUGGCCCAAGUGGCUGAGUUUGAGGGACGUCUGAGCCUCCCUGCUUAGGCUACUGCCUCCACGACCUGACUGGAUAAGCAGAUGAAAAUGGAUGGAUGAAUGAGAGCAAAACUUGGUUUGGCUAAUAGAAGAUAACUGUUAGCAUUAGCAACUCCAAAAUACGGCAGAACUCCUUCUGGCUUGAGUUAUUGGUGGAGGUAAACCAUCAGCAUUGCAUAGUGAAUGGAGGCGGUAGUAGCCAAGAGGAUCCUGUCUGAUUCCUCGGCCAAUGAGAGGUACUCCCUCUGCUUUGGCAACAGGAGUUUUACCAGUGCCGGGGCAGCUGACUCUUUGUUCACAGACAUGUCCAUUCACAGGGUCACUAGUGUGGAGGAACGCAGGGACGACAUGAGGUAGUUCUGCUCACAUCCUUUAUUCACUCCAAGUGAGUCAUAUAUACUGGAUAUUUAAUUUCCACAGGCUCGAAUUAUAAGGUUUUGCUUCCAAAUGGGAGGUUCCCACCACCGCCAUGUUGACCGUGUCACAUAUUUUGUCAUGCCCAGACAAUCCAAAAAUGGUAAAAGGGCUGGGGCUGAGUGUGGGGCUGUUACAUUUGGAACAGUGUUGGAACAAAUGAACCAGUGUAGCUACUAGCUAACUCAGCUAACCCAAGAAGCUAAGAAGGGGCUCUGGGGUCCGGGGUAACGCACCCACACGGCCGACUGACUCCCGUGCAAGGCUGUAAUCAUGCUGGUCAUCUGUGGAGAUCUAAUAUGGACCGGGACUGUUAAAUUACAAGCAGAGCCUCAGACUGGUGUGAUCGUAGCCAGGCGCCGUGGCCUUUUACAUCAGCUCAUGCUCCAUGGUCGGAGAUGAGUGGGACAUCAGCUAUAUGAUAACCCGAAGCUAACAGAGUUUUUCCGGGUGUUUUUAGCAAGAAAAACAUGGUAGAGCGACUUCAAAGUGAAGGCACUGUGAUUCCGGCCUGCUUAGUAACAAAAUCAUAAGUAGGUAAGCUGACUGACGAUAGUGGGCUUCGCUGGUCCAGUGCGGUCAAAGAUCUACGAGUCCACCGUUGUCGAUGCUCCCAGCUCUGAAAGUCAACACGGAGCUGGGAGCCAAAUGACAAGCGAUGUUAUGGUAAACACAUACCCCCCAUUCAACCAGCAAACUGUUAGGAGGAUUUGACAAAUGUGUCACCCAAUUGGCUGAAUACAGUCACAUGACCCGUCCCACGUGAUUGUUAUAUGUACCGGGGUGCACUCAAGAGCAGUAGGAGCUCAGGGCUUCACUUAAUGUAACGCUGUACAAAGCAGUUUUUAAAAAGUGGGUCAAAUCUACGCCCCGCAUGGGACAGCCUAAUUUAGAUAAAAAUACGGGAAGUCCCAGCUAAUGCGGGAGAGGUGGCAACCCUACUUUGGCAACAAGUGAAGAGGUAAAUGUGUAAAACAACAAUGUUCAUGAAUGGAAAAAGUUUUGUAACCGUUUGUUACAAAUCAGUAAAUGCAUUUUGUCCUCACAGGCUCCUGUAAAAGGAAACAUGGCAUCUAAUAUGGCGUUGCCCUGUGACAUAGACCUGCACCCAUGUAUUUUAGACCCGAUUUUAAUUGUUCUAUGUUAUGAAGCCACCAACAUUUUCCAAUAACUGGGCAUUUAAUUCAUUUUCAACAACACUUUGAUGGAUAUUUCCAGAGAUUAACAGUAAAAAUGCACGUUGUCAUUUUAAGGAGAUAUUUGGUAAGAAUUUUACAAGGUUAGUAGAACAAAUUGUAGAGAUAUGAAGAAACACUACAUGAUUCUUGUUCUUUCUUUUCCAGAUUUUCUCUUAGAAAGAGAAAAAAAACAUGAUGCCAUGAACUGUCUGAGUGAGGGAGUCACGCAGUGACAGAGUGAGGGAGAAACAGGGAUUUCCACUGAGACAGAGAGGCUGUCCUCACUACUCAACCUAAAUAGCAUCACCUCAGUGAUUCACUCACAUGUUCACUCUGUCUCUAUGUGGACGGAUGUCAGCGAAUCCUCAGCCACUACACACGUGUCUCUUUACAUUCACACGCACCGAAGGCGAGCCUCCGCUGUUUGUUUUGGGCUUUUCUCUUCGACGGUUUUAGUUACUGGGAGGUGGGAGGAGCAGAUGAUCGAGUGCAGAGGGGGGAGGUGGAGGCAGAGGAGGUGAACAGCUGUCCAUGAUGUGGAGUAGUAUCCAGAGUCGAGGAAAUGGAAGUGGUGCAGUGGGCGGGGCGUUGCCAGGUCUCAUUGGUGCCACUAGUUCCUCAGUGAUGGUGAAAUCCUUCCUGCCUUUUCCUGUAGAGACGACAUCACCAGUUGGACUUUUCCCAAACUUCCACACGAUGGACCCGGUACAGAAGGCCGUCAUCAAUCACACCUUUGGUGUUACCAUGGUACCUAAAAAGAAGCAGGUCAUCACUUGUCAUGUCUGCCAGCUGAGGUUCAACUCUGAUUCUCAGGCAGAAGCUCAUUACAGAGGCAGCCGUCAUGCCAAGAAGCUCAAAUCUCAAGAGAACAAGGCCAAAGCCAAGCUGCCCGUCACGGUGGAGACCAAUGGGAGCAGCUGUGGUCCUGCUGGCCCCGCCCACUCUGUCUCCACUAGCAACAGCUCCAUUCAGCACUCGGAACUCCCAUCCAGCCCCAGUGACCUCCAAUCUCCUCUCAGAUCCUCACUCCUCUCCUCCACCUCUCCCCUCUCUUCCUCCUCCUCCUCCUCCAGCAGAGCAGGGAGUGAGCCUCCCUCCUCCAGCCCCCCAUCUGUUCUUCCAGCUCUAGGCCUCUUGUCUUCUUCCUCCUCAUCCUCCAAAUCUCUGGCUUCAGUCACCUCCACCUCCUCCACUGCUCCUCCUUCACAGACCUGCUCCCAGGAUGCCCCUCAGUCUGCAGAGUCAGAAGAGGAAAAGGCAAAGAAGCUGUUGUACUGCUCUCUUUGUAAAGUCGCUGUCAACUCUCUGUCUCAGCUGGAGGCUCACAACGCAGGUUCAAAGCACAAAACCAUGCUGGAAGCUCGCAGUGGAGCCGGGCCGAUCAAAGCUUUUCCCCGAGCCGGAUCCAAGCUGAAAAACGGCAGCAGCCCCAGCCUGAAGGGCUCCGGGCUGCAGAACAAAACCUUCCACUGCCAGAUCUGUGACGUCCACGUCAACUCUGAGAUCCAACUCAAACAGCACAUUUCCAGCAGGAGGCACAAGGACAGAGUUGCAGGGAAACCCAGCAAACCCAAAUACAGCCCGUACAACAAACCACAGCGCAGCUCCCACUCCCAGGAGCUGGUGAAGCCCUCCCUCUCUCCCUCCUUUCUCUCCUCUCCCUUUGCCUCUCCUCCUCCUCCUAUCUCUCUACCUGCCUCCUCCAUUUCCUCCUCACCCCUCCUAUCACCCACCUCCUCUCCCCUUACCCCCACCAUCUCUCUCCACCCUCGUCCCCCGUCGUCCUCGUCCCUCUUCACCGCCUCCUUCCUGCGUCCAGCUCCCGGACCAAUCAGAGCCAGCCAAGGAUCCAUUCUCUUCUCACCCUACUGAUGACAAUGGGACAGUUGGGGAGAUGAACCAGCAACCUUUUGACCUCUGACCUACUGAUUGUUGGCGCUUCAGGGAAAGUGCAGAUCCGUUGUCAUGACAACAGCCUCCUCAGCAGACUGAGGCUUCACACAGAAACAUGAAAGGACAAAAACUUCUGCUGCUUCUGUCUGGAUCAGAUUUCUUUUGAACCAACUGCUCUGAGGGUGGAAAUGUUGCUUUAAAUGAUCGGAACCGAAACAGAGCCUGACAAAACAAGAACCCGAUACUCGGUGUCUGGAAAGCAACAAGUAUAAGUGACAGACGAUCAGAAACAUUCAGCUGGCUGUUUGUGAAAGUCUAAAACAUCUCAAAAGGCCAAGUAACAAAGCAGCAAUGAAGAGGAGCUGGUGACAGUUUGUUUCAUCUUAACAGGCUGAAGGUGAACCUGCUGUUGCUCUAAGGUGGACACAAAGGUCUCGACCCAGAGCUUGGGUCCAGUCACAUCCUAGGAGUCAAGAGGAGGGACGUAGGACCCGUUCUUCCUCCUGACGGGAUAAACCGGCUCAAACGAGACGUCAGAAACUUUAGAUGACUAAAAUGAUGUCUGUCAUCAACAACCUGCUGCUGCUGUCGUCGUGCUGUCCCUGAGCGCAUGUUUCUAGCUGAAUUAGUGGAAUUCACAGGUAUUUGUAUCUGUUUUCAUUUGGAUGAAAACUCACAAAACUACAGUUUAUCAUCAUUUAAACUGUCAACAAUAGAUCUUUAAGACGAUCAUGCUGGAGAAGAUCACCAGUCCUAAACUCCAGCUCGCCCAUUAAAGCAAUAUAUGUUGGCGUCACUUUACAAAGUAACUGACUCAGCAAAGUUUUUAUCUUAUUCAUAUUAUUUAGUUAUUAAAUGAGUCUGGCUGUUGUUUAUGAUUUUCUCUCAGUUUAAAGUGAGUGAACAAAUACCAACGACCUGAUGAUUACCUGACCUUAAUCAAAGCACGUCAAACAUCUCCAGUCCCGUCAGCUUUCAGUCACGUCUCAGAGGUGUCUGGAAUAAAGACGGAUACAAGCCCUAAAGCCAGUCUUACUUUGUUUAGGACACUAGAUGAUGCAUCAAAUGGUUACUUUUAUUUUGGUGGAUCCCUGCCCAAUUAUCAACUAAAAGAAAAAAUCCCUAGUUCUGCCUGAUGCCUUGUAAACACUUACAGGUGAUUACGUAGAGGAAAUCAAAGACCAUGUGCUUUUUCAUGAGAUAUUAUAUUACUACAGGCUAAACUAACAAACACGUGUUUGUAUUUGUAUGAGCAGUGUGUAAUUAUAUACAUAGUUAUUUUGAUCUCAUGUAAAAUCUGAGUUAUUUUGAUCUCAUGUAAAAUCUGGUUUGUGAUCACCUGAAUUUAUUUGAUCCCAAUGCCUUUCACUUAAUUAUUGCAUCACGUUCCAAAAAUGCAAAAAUGUAAUAAACUGCCGACGGGCAAUAAAGCAUUGCUGGAAAGUCUGAGGUGUGACUGAGAGCUGCAGAACAAUCUGCCUUUAAAAUGAAAUGAUCCUGCAUGGUGAUCCCAGAGUCAAGUCCUACGUCAACAAGCUGUUUUUCAAUCCGAGACCUCUGUGAUGUGGGUGCAAUAAGACCUGGAGCCAGCGGGGGACGCUGGUUGAGUUUUAGUAAUUGGCGAGACAGUUGGGAAAUCACUUUAGAGAACGAACUGGAAUCAUAAAAAAUGAGAGUUCUCUGUGGAUGUGUUUAACUGAAGAACAGCAAGCUGCUCAAAGAUGAAAAAGAUGAUUUUUCAAAAUCUGGUUAGUGAGAAAAAAAGAUUUAAUGUUCAAGUAGAAAAACUGGUUUUAACGUAGAGAAAUACUUCAUAUUCAUGCAUUCAUCCCAAAGUCUACUUCUGCACCUGUUGUUCUGAUUCAGUGAAAACACACCUGCUUAUACUUGGUUUACACAGACAAGUAUUAAUAGUCAAGCUGCAACAUUUUUCUAUCAAACAUUAUUUUUAUUUAUAUGAAGCUGUUUUUAGGUCAGAUGUGGAGUCACUUCUGUUUCCCGUCUUCCUGCCUCCUCCUGAACAACUUGAAGCUUCUCAGUCUUCCAGUGGUGCACAAACACAUCACGACAAAUACACUGCCGUGGAAAAAGUGUUUGCUCUAUUACAGAUUUGUCCGUUUCUGGAAAAUAUUCUGUGGAGACAAAAGUAGAGCUGUUUGAAAGUGUGUGUCCCGUUGCAUCUGCUGUAAAAUCAACACCAACACAUGAACAAUCAAACCUGGUGGUCUAGGGCUACUUCGGGAACCCUGAUUUAGUCUUAAUGGAGAUAAUAACUGACCUUUGACCUUAAACAGGUCGCUAAUGCCAGAAAAACCUCUGUUGUGGUUGGAUUAAAGCAAUUCUGUGAGGAAGAGUAGGAUUAAAAUCCUCUACAGUGAAAUGAGAGACUCCUCACCAGCUAUCACAGACUCUUGACUGCAGUUGUCAUCAGUGUUAGAAUAAAUGAUCUGAAAUGAAAAGAAACAAAACACUCUUCACAGCAACGUUUACAUGUGUGUGUUUAUCUAUGCACUAGUUAGUCUCUCCUGUGAUUCAUCGACAUGUACAAAGAGUGAAUUCCAUUCUGAUUUACCCCCACUGAGGUAACGCUUGCCUGUUAAACUUCCUCCUCUGUGCAAUGAUGUCAUCCUUAUGCAAUAAUGUACAGAUCAGCUGUUUUUGGUGUUACGUUUCUUUCAGGUUCCUCAUCAGUUAAACGGAUUUCUGGAAGGUUUAGUGCUGAAACCUGUUUCAGAGUGAAGUUGUGAGAGAUGCACUGGUGAAACUGACAUUGUGGGUUUGUGAGUGUUUGAAUGAAUGUUGGGUUUGAUCACGCUCAUUUCAAAAUAAAAGCUUAUUUUGAACACCCACAUUCUGGCAUCAAAAUAAUGCAAAUGUUGAAAGAACAGUUCACUCAAACUACUGCACACAGAACAAAUCCGUGAACUCUGCUGUGCAGAUAUUUGAUGUUUUUAACACAUUAAGCUGUGUGUUACCAUGGUGACAUUCAGAUACUGUAAAUCGAAUUUCCUGCUGAUGUUGAAUGAGUCUAAACCAAACUACAGAUGUAAAUCUCAUUAUAAUUCAUGUACAGUAUUUAUUUCUGUGAACUUGUUUCUUAAUGAGAGUAACGAUGAUGAAAUCAAAACUACAAAUGCAAACUAUAGAGACAGUAACACAUUUAGCUUAUUUUGCCACUUCUGUUUUAUUAGUUUUACAUUAAAAAUGGCUGUACAUUCAACUUUUCAACAGGGUAAUAUUUGAGGUAUUUUAUUUUGUAAUGAUGAUUUGAAAUGAGUUCAAACAUUUUCUUUAAAAAUAAAUGGCUUCACAACA